GAGAACGUGUAGCUUCGAGACGUGUUUUCAAAGCUUGUUCCUCUGUCGUCUUCUUUCUUCAUCUCCUUUUUCGAUCUGAUAAUUCGUUUUUUCAUGGGAUUGUUUGACUCCUCUGGCGGUGUUGUCUCUCCCGCUUCUUUCCUUCUUUCUUCUACUUUACUAUUUUCCUCAUGACUUAUUGAUUCUGUGAGGGCAGCCGCUUUUUUUUCAGGUCGUUGCUGAUGCCGCUCCGUACAGGUUUGGAGUGGGGCCACUGGAGUCUCUCAUCUGAUCUACCGCGUUCGUUUUGUGGGUUGUUGUUGUUGUUUUGGAUUGUCUGUUUUGUUCUUCUUCUUUCAGUUGUUGAUGCUGCCCGUGUGUGUGUGUGUGGUGAAAACAAAUAAGAGGGGCGUGGUGCAGCUUCUCUGUCGGACACAUUUGGCGCUGCGGCGUUACGCACUCACAUGUGCGGCUGACACACGUAACUGCUAAAACACGAAGAGAAAAGAAAUGACAGGAGAGAUGUUGACGGUCUCGUUGACAACGGAGAGAGGAAACGUGAAGGGAGGGAGGCCAACGAAAGAAGAAAAGAAACAGGAAAAGGAAAGGUGGUGUAAAGGGGAAGAGCUGCGGGCUUUUUUUUCUCCUUAUUUUUUUAUCUCGAAAAAAAAAAGGUGGAGAAUGCAUCUCGCACCUCACGCAGCCAGAGGUUUGGGAAUCGGCCCGGACAGCUUCUUUUAAUGGGGAAACGGAAGAUAAUUGCAGAGGUCGAACGUUUUUUUUUUCUUCUCUCUUGAACGCGUUGCUUUUGUCCUUUUACUGUUUUCGUUGGCCCCCCUUUUUAUUUUCAACCUUUCCGGGUGCGGUGUUUCCAUUUUCUUUAUCUUUUUUCACUCUUCCCUUCUCGUCUUCCCGUCUCUUGUGCGUUGACGCGAGAUCGUUUUACGGACCGCUGUCCAUGAACCGGGUGUGCGUUCGCCGUCUCUCUUUCAUUGCUUGUUUGUUUUUCUGAUUUUCUGAUUUCCCCCCCCCCCCUUCGCUUAGCCGCGUGCGUUCUCUGGCGGAUACACCGGUGUGUGUGGGACGAUGCUCCGCCGCUAUAGCCAAUCCUUUCCUUCUCUUCUCGCGAUCUUAUUUUUUUUUUGAUCGUUUUUUUUUUAUAUGUUUUACGGCACUUCAACUCAAACUAUGCUCUUUACUUUUCUUUCCCUUUCUCUGUUUACGAUCCUCUUCCCUCGCCAAGGAUGGAAAAUGAGGGAUAAACAUCAGCGGCGAGGAAAAGGCGCACACAUAUGAGGCGGACGUGCGCGACCUCUUUUGUAUGUUUGUUUUGGUCUUCCUUGACGGAGUCCCGCAGCAGAUGCGGCUGUGCCGUACGCGCACACCAGCCUCUACAUAUGUGUGUGUGUGUGCUUGUGUGUUCAUGUGUCUGUGUGUGAAUUGAUGUAUGUACUGCAGCAGACGCCUCUGCAAACAUUUUUUUUCUUCUUAGUUCAUAGUACAUGCACGUGAAUGCACCUGUUCAUUCGGAUCCAGAUAAUACAGUGCAGGACAGAACAAAAGCAAAACUAUAUCAAAAAGGGAAAAGCACCACGGCUGUUGUUUCCUUCGGCCACUUCAGUACCACUGCGAGGCGAGCAAAUUAUAUCUUUGUUGCUGACACGGCACAACGGUGACUCCCUUCAUUACAAUCUACCCUUAUUAUUUAAAAAGGGGGCUGUUGUUAGUUCUCGUUUGUCAAACGAUCGGUUUGUGCACCGCUGCCCAGGACAACGCUUUCCCAUUGUCGAAAUUGAACCCUUCUCCUUUCUUUUCACUCUCUCUUUAUUCUUAUUUAUUAUUAUUUACCCCUCCCAACCUCGUAUUGUGUUUUUGGGUUUCUAUUUUCUCCCGCUCUCUCUUCCACAGCAUCACCGCGAAGUUGCCGACACGAAAGACCUCGUUGCAGCCCACCCUACCAUACAUAUAUAUAUUUACCUUAUAUAUACCUUUGUUUUUCUGCUUUCAUUGCUGCGGAGAAGGUGUGUGCGUGUUGGACCUGCGAAGACGCACCAGUAACCCCUGCUCUCUCUCUCUCUGUGUUUUCUACUGCCAACCACCUCCCCCUUCUUUCUUUUUUGCAUAUAUUAUAUUCCUGUUUUCACUUGUUCGUCGCUUCUCGUGUGUUUAUUUGCGAUUCGCGACGGAGUGAAAGCGACGAAUUAUUCACCUGUAGAUCCUUUCCCCCCCCCCCUCCUCCCUUUUCUUUGAAAGGAAGAAGCCACCCGUACAUACAGUAUAGAUAUUUUGAAGAGCGCGCGUGACGCACCGCGAGACGACAUUUCCUUCCUUUCCCAUUCCCUUUCUUUUUUCUUCCUUCUUCUUCUGCAUCCGCGAAUCUCUCGUGUUGAAGGAGUUUUCGUGUGCGUGUCUGUGCGUGUGUGGAAGCAAUGCAGUUCCGCUCCACUCCCCGGGCCGAGUCGCCCACCCAUCAGCAGCUCUACAAGCGAAACCCCUCCAACUCCGUCGCGCGCCGCCGCAACUCCAUCACGCCCUCACGCAACAGCACCGGUCUCGCCCUUGCCGUCGUCCCCCCGGGCAACUCCCCGCGUCGCGGAUCCACCUUCGGGGCCGCCGGUAGCGCAGGGGAGGAGAUGGUGUACGUGGCGGACGUCAAUCCCACCUACUCCGUCACCGCGACCGUCCGCUGCUUUGUCCCGGUGAAUGAGCGUGUUAUGUGGAGUGCGGAGUUCAACGGAUGUUUGUGUGUGCGGGCGCUGCCGAAAGGGACCUCGUUGCGCACGUUACCCGGCCGCGAGGACACAUGCUGCAUUUCGCUGCUGCACGUGCCGAAGGUGGAGCAGGUCUGGGCUGGCUUUCAGGACGGCUACCUGCACGUGUACGACGCCCGCACCAUGGAGCUGAUGAAGGAGACGAUGACGCACGGUGGCGGUCUGCACUGCAUGACCCAAGUGGACGAUACCGUUUUCACGGGUGGCGCGGAUUGGAAGAUCUGUCAGUGGGGCUUCGAGGGCGGCGCACCGCAGCUGCUGCGCACGCUGCACGGCCAUCGCGGCGGCGUUCGCAGCUUCGGCGUCUACGACGGCCCAACCGGAGCCGUGUUGUUCUCCGGCAGCGACGACGGCACCAUUCGUGCGUGGGACCCGUAUGUGCCCGCGGCCGGCGCUGACGCCGACGCCGCCAACAUCCACGUCUUCUCCGGCCACGACCGUGCCGUGCUGUCCUUAGCCGUGAUCUCGCACAUGAAUCAGCUGUGGUCCGGCGGGGAGGACAUGACGGUGCGGGUGUGGGACAUGCAGACGCUGGAGUGCCUGGCGGUCCUGCGCAGCGGCCACACCGCACCCGUGGCGAACUUGAUGGUGGUGGAGUCACGUGUGUGGUCCGCCGAUAAGCACGGGCACAUCUUGCUGUGGGACAUCACGACUCGCUCGCUGCUGCAGGACCUCGCGGAGCGGGUGCCGUACUGGGGCAUCGGUCAGGGCAUGAUUUUGGCCAUGCAGAAGGUGCAGCCCACCACUGCCUACAAGGUGUGGACGGCGUCGUCGAACGGCGUCCUGCAGUGCUGGAAUGCGGAGACAAUCCCGAUCGUCUUCAACGACGUCCCCAUCGCGGCGGGUGUGCUUCGCCACGCGGGGUCGGCGUCGAAGGCCAUUGCGGGGGCAGCGGGAGGCGCCCCGGAGAGCCCGCGGAAGCCGGGCGGCGGGAGAGGGGUGAGUCCGGCGAGCUCGCGCGGCGCAGACGCAGCAGACACCUCCGCGUUAACUGUCUCGACGAACAACAACAACAACGCGGUUGAUGUGAGCAACAGCACGAACGGGCGCGGUGUGGCCUCGCCGGCACAGACGGCGGCUGCGGCGCGCAUGCAGGGCUACGUGGAGAACCUUCAGCAGGAACUGCAGAACGCGCAGCGCGACGCGAAGUUGAACUACGAGAAGUACCGCGUGGAGGUGCAGCUGGAGAUCGAAACACAGCAGCUGCUGGCACAGGAGAACGCGCAGCUGCGUGACCGCGUGAAGGAGUUGGAGGAGAUGGCGGGUGUCCCACACGAGGAAAUCCACGCUGCCCGCACAUCGCCGCUGGCGGCCGGAUCGGCGCCGGGCCACACCGCCCUGUCGAUGAGCAGCUCUGCCGCGGAUGCGGAGGCGCUGACGGCCGAGAUCGACGACCUGCGCCAGCAGCUGGACGAAGCGCAUCAGCAGCUGGACGAAGCGCAUCAACGGCUCGACGAAGCCCUUCGCAACGCACCAGGGCAGCAAUCGCCACCCGUGACGGACACGCCUCUCGGCGGCAACCUGCAGAAGAAGUCGUCGGGCGCCGGCGUCGACCUCGAUGGCCCGCCGACCGACCCGGCACGUCAGUUUGUGCGGCAGGACGACCUCGCCCAGCUGCCAGCGACGUCGGAGGACGUGCUGAGUGACAGCACUGGGCUGGGCCGCCCCAGUGCCACCGGUGCCACCCGUCAGUUCUCCGCCAUCCUCUCGACGCCGCUCGAGGCGCAGUGGAAGACAGGCACCAUCACCCGCACCUCCCUCGUCCGCCACUUCGACGGUGACAACUGGGAGUACUUGAUCAACGAGAAGCCCUACGAGCUGCACAGCACGCUGACCGCGGACCUGUGUGCCGGCCUGGGCGUCGCGCCGACGCAGCUGGAGCGGGUGGAGAUGCACGAUGACGGCUUAACCGUGGAAGCGGACGUUGUGCACCCCGUCACGGUGCCCGCCGCGGAGUUGGAGCGGCGCAUGCGGGAGUACCGCUUCCCCGGUUUGAUGAAGAUGCACGCGGAUGCCUUCACGACGACCAAGACGAGCCCGGACACCGCAGAGGCGACCAUUAUUGACUUGCAGGAGCAGCUGACGAGCAUGGAGAAGGCGUUGGAAGAGGCGCAGGAGGAGCAGCGCGCGCAGCCACGCGUGGAGGAGCCGUCGCCGGAGCCGCAGCAGCCGUACAGUGCGCUACGUGCCGGCAACGACGGCGUGGGUGGCCAGGAGAACACGGCAGCCGAGCAGCAACGCCUGAGGGACGCUAACGCGAAGCUGCAGGACGAGCUGGAGGAUCAGCUGCAGACGAUUGAGCAGCUGCAGAGUGCGAUGGAGGAGAAAGAAAACGAGCUCGCCUCGGCGCAGGUCGACCUGCGGAACAAGGAGAACGAGCUGAAGCACCUGACGAACGCGCAGGAGCAGCACACACCCAACACACGCCGUACGCGCGACAGCCCCGACUCCCAGGGGCUGCGGCUGUACGACAGUGCGGUCCCACCACCACCGCCAGCCCUGGACGGCACGGCGCGCAAGAAGCCAGAGUCGGAGUCGGGCCGCCCAACCGAGCUCCUCGCUGUUCCUCUCGCACAGGAGAUGACAGCCGCUGCCGCCAGUGGUGGUGUUGGGGCGCAAGAUGACGACGUCGACAGCAGCAGCAACAACGCACAGAGGAACGCUCCGCUGCUGCAGCAGGCGUUGAAGGAGGCGAAUGACACGAUAGCGGCGCUAGAGGCGCAGAAGAAGAAGGCAGACGCAGCCGCAGCCGGGCUCGCCGACCAGAACGCCCGCCUGACGCAACAGGCGGCACAGCUGCAGCAGGAGGUGAAGGCGCAGAAGCAGAGGCUGGCCGCGGCGGCAGCAGCGUCGCCGACUGCGCUCGCGAAGACGCCUUCGGCGACGGCGACGACGGACACGACAACACCCGCGUCCACCUCGCUAGAAAAGGACGAGGUGUCUAACAAGAAGCACGGUAAGGAGGAGGAGCUGCGGCAGCUGCGCGAGGAUCACGACGCGCUGAACAGCUACCUGCACGACCAGCUGAAGCCGCUCAUCUCACGUCUGAAGAGGGCGAGGGGAGAGCUGCAGCUGGACAAGGAUCGCCUGCUGGAGCGCGUGGCAGCGAUGGAGAAGGCCGCGUCAGACGCAACCGCUCAGAGUGAGAACGGAGACGGCGCAACGAAAGCGCGCGGCUCGGCAGGGAAGGGGAAGUCAGCGCAGGGGAGCUCCCGUGACGCCCCGGCGUCGUCCACGGACCCACAAGACGACGAGGCAAGCACGCAGCAGCUCCGCGAGGAUCAUGAGGCGCUGGACAACUACCUGCAUGAGCAGGUGAAGCCGAUGAUCUCGGGUCUCAAGCGGGCGAAGGGGGAGCUGCAGCUGGACCUAUCUCGUGCCCAGGAGAGCUUGAAGCACGCGUGUGACAUGUACGAUGAGGCCGCGGCCGCGCUGGAGGAGGCGCGGGUGCGGGAGGAAAAGAUGGGGGAGGCGAUGGAGACGCUGAAGAAGGCUCUAGAGGCGGAGCAGCAGAAGAACCAGGCCUUGACGAAGGCUCCUCCUGGUGCUGCUGCUGGGCCGGGUCAGCGUCCAGGAAGUGCGGAGAAGGCGGAGGCGGAGGCAUCGAAUCUGCGCGAUACCGUCGAUCGACUCACGGCGCAGAACGCAGACCUGUCCGCGCGGCUGGCGGAGGCGGAGAUGGUCAUGGCGCACCUCCAGGACUCGCUGGGGCAGUCGGCGCACCUGCUGAAGCAGUCGGUCGAUCAGCUGGCGGAGCAGCGCAGCGAGACACAGCGGCUGCUGAACAAGAUUGAGAAAUUUCAGCAGAACUGCCGCAGCCACAGUGAGAACGUGCCGAGUGUGUCAACGUCUGAUAGUCUUCCUUAG